ACCAAUCAAAAAUGUCUCUCAGAUCUACAAUCACUGACAUAACAACUAACACAUCACCUCUUCUACCUCCCACGUGUCCCUUCUUCUUCUUCCUUCCUCUCUCAAAUCAUUCACCUAACACUAAUAAAUAUCUCUCUUUUUUUUUCCUUUUCUAAAAAUAAAUCAAAAAGACAUAACUUUUCAAAAUCAGACAACAACAACAACAACCGACGCUCUGUUCCGUUAGGGUUUUCACUUUUUCUCACAGCCCCCCCUACCUCAUUCUCUCCGCCUCAUCUCCCAAAACCAUGGCGGAGAAACCCUCCUCCUCCGACGACGAAGUGAUGCUCCUCCACGGCGACCUCGAUCUCAAAAUCGUCGAAGCAAGAAAACUCCCAAACAUGGACACUUUCUCCGAACACCUCCGCCUCCUCUUCACCGCCUGCAACUCCUGCUCCACCCCCUCCACCACCGCCACAGACGACGACCAACACGAACAACAACGCCGAGCCAGAGACGGCGCCCCACCUUCCUCCGGCGACAAAACCAUCCGCACACACCGUAAAGUCAUCACCAGCGACCCUUACGUCACAGUCGUAGUCCCACAAGCCACUCUCGCACGCACACGUGUCCUCAAAAACUCACAAGACCCCAUCUGGAACGAACACUUCAACAUCUCCCUAGCUCACCCUCUCCCCUACCUUGAGUUCCAAGUCAAAGACGACGACGUUUUCGGCGCGCAGAUCAUCGGUACAGCCAAGAUCCCGGUUAAAGACAUCGCCUCCGGUUCACGUAUAACCGGUUGGUUCCCGGUCCUCGGCGCUUCAGGUAAGCCUCCCAAAAAGGAAACCGCUCUCUUCAUCAACAUGAAGUUCACACCUUUCGAUGAGAUCAACGCUUAUAAGAGCGGUGUGGAGCGUAGAGGCGUGGAGAAGACUUAUUUCCCUUUGAGGAAAGGGAGUCACGUGAGGCUUUAUCAGGACGCUCACGUGACGGAUGGGGUUUUGCCGGAGAUUGGGUUGGAUGGUGGGAAGGUUUAUCAGAAUGGGAAGUGUUGGGAGGAUAUUUGUUAUGCUGUCUCUGAGGCUCAUCAUAUGAUUUAUGUUGUUGGUUGGUCUGUUUUUCAUAAGGUGAAGCUUGUUAGGGAACCUACUAGGAAGUUGCCUAGAGGUGGGGAUUUGACUCUUGGUGAGCUUUUGAAGUAUAAAUCUGAAGAAGGUGUGAGAGUUUUGUUGCUUGUUUGGGAUGAUAAGACUUCUCAUGAUAAGUUUGGGAUCAGAACGCCUGGAGUUAUGGGGACACAUGAUGAAGAGACUAGGAAGUUUUUCAAGCAUUCUUCUGUGAUAUGUGUAUUGUCACCUCGCUAUGCUAGUAGUAAACUUGGUUUGUUUAAACAACAGGUUGUUGGCACUCUCUUCACUCACCAUCAGAAGUGUGUACUUGUAGACACACAAGCAGCUGGUAACAACCGCAAAGUCACAGCUUUUAUUGGAGGUAUUGAUCUUUGUGACGGCCGUUACGACACACCUGAGCACCGGAUAUUACAUGAUCUUGACACUGUCUUUAAAGAUGAUUUCCACAAUCCUACAUUUCCAGCUGGCACUAAGGCUCCAAGACAACCUUGGCACGAUCUGCACUGUAGGCUAGACGGUCCUGCAGCUUAUGAUGUUCUCAUGAACUUUGAGCAAAGGUGGAGAAAAGCAACACGAUGGAAGGAGUUUAGUUUAAGGCUAAAAGGGAAAACUCAUUGGCAAGACGAUGCUCUGAUCAGAAUAGGACGUAUAUCAUGGAUAGUAAGUCCAGUGUUUAAGUAUCUGAAGGAUGGUACUAACCUGGUUCCUGAGGAUGAUCCUGUUGUGUAUGUCUCCAAAGAAGAUGAUCCUGAGAACUGGCAUGUUCAGGUGUUCCGUUCUAUAGACUCAGGAUCCUUGAAAGGGUUUCCCAAAUAUGAAGAUGAAGCUGAGGCACAACAUCUGGAAUGUGCCAAGCGUCUUGUAGUGGAUAAGAGUAUCCAGACAGCAUACAUACAGACAAUCAGAUCUGCUCAGCAUUUUAUAUACAUUGAGAAUCAGUAUUUUCUUGGUUCUUCUUAUGCUUGGCCUAAUUAUAAAGAUGCAGGAGCUGAUAAUCUUAUACCUAUGGAGUUGGCACUAAAGAUUGUUAGUAAAAUCAGAGCUAAAGAAAGAUUUGCUGUAUAUGUUGUCAUACCAUUGUGGCCUGAAGGUGAUCCAAAGUCUGGACCUGUGCAAGAGAUUCUGUAUUGGCAGAGCCAAACUAUGCAGAUGAUGUAUGAUGUUAUAGCAAAAGAAUUGAAAGCUGUGCAGUCAGAUGCUCACCCUCUUGAUUACCUUAACUUUUAUUGCCUUGGUAAACGAGAGAAGUUUCCAGAGGAUAUGGAACCAACCAACGGCACUGCGGUGUCUGAUUCUUAUAAGUUCCAGCGUUUUAUGAUCUAUGUCCACGCAAAGGGGAUGAUAAUAGAUGAUGAGUAUGUACUAAUGGGAUCUGCUAACAUCAACCAAAGAUCUAUGGCUGGCACAAAAGAUACAGAAAUAGCCAUGGGUGCAUAUCAACCCCAUCAUACAUGGACUAACAAGGGGAAACACCCACGUGGCCAGGUGUAUGGUUACAGGAUGUCACUAUGGGCAGAGCAUUUAGGCAAAACAGGAGAUGAGUUUGUGGAGCCUGGUGAUCUAGAAUGUGUCAAGAACGUGAAUGAAAUAGCUGAAGGGAACUGGAAGAAGUUUAUAGAUUCUGAAUUCUCAGAGCUGCAAGGUCACUUGAUUAAGUAUCCACUACAAGUAGACGUUGAUGGUAAGGUUAGCUCACUUCCGGAUUAUGACAGUUUCCCAGAUGUUGGUGGUAAGAUUAUUGGAGCUCAUUCCAUGGCUCUCCCUGAUACUCUAACCACUUAAAUGUUGUUAAUGUUCCCAAUUGUUGUGUGAAGUUGUACAUUGUAACUUUGUUGUUUAUUUAUUCUUUUGUGAUUUGUUGUCAAACUAAAAAGCAGAUUGAGUUUGGACUAUGGAGGCAAAAUGAUAAUAAGGAUGUUCUGAA